CAUAUGCUGCUGUUUGUUGAUACAUCUUCUCUCUUCUUUCUCAAUCUUCCAUUUUCUUUUGCUGUAAAAGCAAAAUCAGCUGCCCUUUGCAUUUAUAAUCCUCUCGUGACCUUCUCUCUCCCUUUUCCCUCACGCUUCCCUUGCUUCCUCUUUCUUCUCGUUUCCCUCGUUCUAUCGAUUUGGACUGCGAUUGACCUCCCGUCACCCCCAGAUCUCUUUCUUCCUCUGGUUGCUUACUACUGUUUCAGACACUGUUAUUGUUGACAUUGCUCUCCUUGCCGCUCUAAAGGGGAUUAAAUAAGAGCUAAAUUUGUUAUUGAGGCAGACUAAAAUUCAGUCCAUCAUCUGAAUUCAGCAAAAUGACCAUUGAUAUGCCAUACCCCAUGGCCCAAAGUAUGAGGACAAACAGACCUUCCUUUAGUUCCAGUAAUGGCUACGAUGAUACCCCUGUUCACAAUCAUGCUGGAGUGAGCAAUGCUGAUGACUAUGACAGUGAUGGCUCCACCUUUGCACCACCCACGCCUUCAACCCUAACAAUGGCUAUUCCAGCAGAAUUAGCCGGAGCUGUGCCCUUGAUGGAUAGAUUCCAGGUAGAGGGGUUUAUAAGAUUAAUGCAGAAACAAAUCAAUUCUGCUGGGAAACGUGGAUUUUUUUCUAAGAGAUCUGUAGGCCCUCAAAUUAGAGAGAAGUUUACAUUUGAGGACAUGUUGUGUUUCCAAAAGGAUCCUAUACCAACAUCAUUGCUUAAGAUGAACGGUGAUAUGGUAAGCCGGGCAACUAAACUAUUUCAGAUCAUUUUGAAGUAUAUGGGAGUAGAUUCACCAGAACGAGUAAAUCCAAUAAGUUUAGAUGAAAGGGUUGAGCUUGUAGGCAAACUAUACAAGCACAGUUUGAAGCGUUCAGAACUCCGAGAUGAACUUUUUGUUCAAAUAUCAAAACAAACCAGAAAUAACCCUGAGAGGCAAUACUUGAUUAAAGCAUGGGAGCUGAUGUAUUUAUGCGCAUCCUCCAUGCCACCUAGUAAAGACAUUGGAGGAUAUUUGUCUGAAUAUGUUCAUAAUGUGGCCCACAAUGUAACCACUGAUGCUGAAAUCCAAGCCCUUGCACUAAAUACAUUAAAUGCUCUUAAGCGUUCUGUCAAAGCUGGUCCUAGACAUAUUAUGCCUGGACGUGAGGAAAUUGAAGCUCUGUUAACUGGGAGAAAGCUUACAACUAUAGUGUUCUUCUUGGAUGAAACUUUCGAAGAAAUCACAUAUGACAUGGCAACAACAGUUGCUGAUGCUGUUGAGGAACUUGCGGGGAUCAUCAAAUUGUCAACAUACAAUAGCUUUACUCUGUUUGAAUGCCGUAAAGUUGUUACUGGGUCCAAAUCACCGGAUUCUGGAAAUGAGGAGUACAUUGGGUUGGAUGACAACAAAUAUAUUGGAGACCUCUUAGCAGAAUUUAGGGCAGCAAAAGAUCGAAGUAAGGGAGAAAUCUUGCAAUGUAAACUUAUAUUUAAGAAAAGGCUAUUUCGAGAAUCAGAUGAAGCUGUGGCAGAUCCCAUGUUUGUACAACUAUGCUAUGUGCAAUUACAACAUGAUUAUAUCUUGGGUAAUUAUCCUGUUGGAAGAGAUGAUGCUGCCCAACUGUCUUCAUUGCAAAUCCUGGCUGAAAUUGGAUUUGUUAGAGCACCUGAGUCUUGCACAGAUUGGGAUUCACUUUUGGAGAGGUUUCUACCAAGACAGAUUGCAAUUACUCGAGCUAAACGGGAAUGGGAGCUGGACAUUCUUUCUCGCUAUCAUUCAUCGGAACAUCUGACAAAAGAUGAGGCAAGGCAACAGUUCCUCCGCAUAUUGAGAGCACUUCCUUAUGGGAAUUCCGUUUUCUUUCAUGUUCGCAAAAUUGAUGAUCCAAUUGGACUUCUACCUGGAAAAAUAAUACUGGGCAUUAACAAGAGAGGGGUUCAUUUUUUCCGUCCUGUUCCAAAGGAAUACCUUCACUCCGCUGAGUUAAGAGACAUAAUGCAGUUUGGAAGUAGCAAUACUGCAGUAUUUUUCAAAAUGCGAGUUGCAGGUGUUCUACACAUAUUUCAGUUUGAAACCAAGCAGGGGGAAGAAAUUUGUGUAGCUCUUCAGACACAUAUCAAUGAUGUAAUGUUGCGCCGAUAUUCCAAAGCACGGUCUGCUGCUGGUGGUUCUGUAAAUGGAGAUAUCAGCAACAAUUUUAAGAGUCCUACUUCAGAAAUAUAUGAAAGACGUGUUCAAGAUCUGUCAAAAGCUGUUGAAGAAUCUCAAAGAAAUGUUGAUAAAUUGCGGGAAGAAUUGUGGGAAAAACAAAAGCAGGAAGAGAAAAUGCAAGGAGAAUUGGAGGGCUUGAAGGAAUCCUUAAAUGCAGAUAAACGAAGUCUUGAGGAAGUUACCUGUGAGUGUGAUAGGCUUAGAUCAAUAUGCAAUGAAAAGGAUAAGGCUAUUCAGGCUGCAAUUAUAGAGAAAAGAAAUAUGGAAGCAAGAUUGACCAAGUUGAAUAACCUGGUGCUAGAGAACACAAAAAAGGAGUCUGUUGAAGCAAAUAACCAGGAUUUGCAUAAGCUUGAGAAUGAGUUAAAAGUUCAUAAAGAUGAGCUGCUUGUAGCAGAAGAAACUGUUACAAGAUUGACAAAUGAAAAAUUGAUUUUGGCACGGAAGCUAUCAGAGCUGGAGAAGGGGAAUGCUGAUGAGAUUAAUGUUCUUGAACGAAGAUUUGAGCAAGAACGCAAAGCCUUGAAGUCUCAAGUGAAUGACCUGGAAAAAAAGAUAGAAGGAUUUAGACGAGAAUUAGCUGCUGCUGAAUCCACUCUAUCAGCCAAGGAUGCUGAGUUGGUUGCAUUGCAGAAUAAUUUAAGGGAACUGGAAGAACUAAGAGAAAUGAAAGAGGACAUUGAUAGGAAGAAUGAACAAACAGCUGCCAUAUUAAGGAUGCAAGGGGCUCAAUUAGCAGAAAUGGAAGCGCUUUAUAAAGAAGAGCAGGUUUUGCGGAAACGCUAUUUCAACACAAUAGAAGAUAUGAAAGGUAAGAUCAGAGUUUACUGCCGUCGAAGGCCUCUUAGUGAUAAAGAGAUCAAUGAGAAAGAGAGAGAUGUCCUGACCAGCAUAGAUGAGUUUACUAUUGAACAUCCAUGGAAGGAUGAUAAACCAAAGCAAUUUGUGUAUGAUCGUGUAUUUGAUGAUAAUGCCACCCAAGAAGAUGUAUUCGAGGAUACUAGGUAUUUGGUACAGUCUGCUGUAGAUGCGUAUAAUGUCUGCAUAUUUGCAUAUGGACAGACUGGGUCUGGGAAGACAUAUACAAUCUAUGGAACUGAAAACAACCCUGGGCUCACCCCACGUGCCACCGCUGAACUGUUCAAAAUUUUGAGGAGAGAUAGCAACAAAUAUUCUUUUUCUUUAAAGGCAUACAUGGUGGAAUUAUAUCAAGAUACACUUGUAGAUCUUCUGUUACCUAAGAAUGCAAAGCGUUUAAAAUUAGAUAUCAAGAAGGAUUCAAAGGGCAUGGUGGUUGUGGAAAAUGUGACAGUAUUGCCAAUUUCAAACAUGGAGGAAUUGAAUAGCAUAAUACAACGAGGAUCUGAACGACGGCAUACAUCUGGAACUCAGAUGAACGAAGAAAGUUCAAGAUCUCAUCUCAUAUUGUCAGUUGUAAUUGAAAGUACCAACCUCCAAACUCAAUCAAUGGCAAGAGGAAAGUUAAGCUUUGUAGAUCUUGCUGGUUCAGAAAGAGUAAAAAAAUCUGGUUCCACUGGUAAUCAACUUAAAGAAGCUCAAAGUAUAAAUAAAUCAUUAUCAGCUCUUGGGGAUGUCAUCAGUGCUUUAUCUUCCGGUGGUCAACACACUCCUUACAGGAAUCACAAGUUGACAAUGCUAAUGAGUGAUUCACUAGGGGGUAAUGCUAAAACUCUCAUGUUCGUGAAUGUAUCCCCAGCAGAAUCAAACUUGGAUGAGACACACAAUUCUCUCAUGUAUGCUUCGCGAGUGAGAUCGAUUGUGAAUGAUCCGAGCAAAAAUGUUUCGUCAAAAGAGGUGGCUCGGUUGAAAAAGCUGGUUGCAUACUGGAAGGAGCAGGCAGGCAGAAGAGGCGAUGAAGAAGAGUUGGAGGAAAUUCAAGAGGAAAGACCAAUGAAAGAGAGGUCAGAUGGCCGGCAUUCCAUGUAGGGACUCGGAUCCUCUCUAGGGAGGCUCCUGGGAAACAAACAAGAACCAACCCUGCAAGAAGUGUUUUGGUAGUCGACAAUGACAUUGAAAUUUGCCUUCUCUGUAUUGUUCUGUGCAAUGUUGUUAUUGCUUUCCAAAAUACGCAGGUAGGAUAGGCUCUAUGAUGCUUGUAUAUAUAUUUCUAAUCCUUCUUGUCUCAUUGCAUAUAUGAAUGUAUACGCUAUUCUACUUAAAUAUGAUCACUUUCUUUUGCCCAA